CAGAUUCCUGUCAAGCAGAGGGGUGGUUAAACUGCGUCUCCCCUGUCCCAUUCAGUCCCAUUCCCAGUCAGGCAGGCAGAGAGAGUGAGAGGAGAGAGACACUCUACUGCACUAAACCACACACUAUAGCGGCAGGGCUAGGCUAAUCCUUCUCUGCCAUCUUUUCUUUCUUUCUCUUCUCCAGUCACAGGCAGAUCCAGGACCAUGGCACACCAUGAAGCACCCCAUAAAGACCCCAGAAAGAUGGGCAUCGGCCGCUCCAUCGCCGUGCUGACCUCCGGAGGCGAUGCCCAGGGUAUGAAUGCUGCUGUGAGGGCCACAGUCAGAAUGGGCAUCUACACUGGGGCCAAGGUCUACUUCGUUCAUGAGGGUUACCAAGGUCUGGUGGAUGGAGGUGACAACAUCAAACUUGCCACCUGGGAGAGUGUGUCUAUGAUGCUGCAGCUGGGUGGAACUGUGAUUGGCAGUGCCCGCUGUAUGGACUUCAAAGAGAAGUGGGGGCGUCUGAAGGCCGCCUGCAACUUGGUCAAACUGGGCAUCACCAAUCUGUGUGUGAUUGGCGGUGACGGUAGCUUGACUGGUGCCAACCAGUUCCGUACAGAGUGGAGUGAGCUGCUGGCUGACCUGACCAAAGGGGGUAAGAUCACAGCGGAGGAGGCUAAGCGUUCCUAUCACCUCAACAUCGUGGGCAUGGUGGGCUCUAUCGACAACGACUUCUGUGGCACUGACAUGACCAUCGGCACCGACUCUGCCCUGCACCGCAUCAUAGAGGUGGUGGACGCCAUCACGACUACUGCACAGAGUCACCAGAGGACCUUUAUCCUGGAGGUGAUGGGCAGACACUGUGGCUACCUGGCCCUGGUGACUGCUCUGGCCUGUGGUGCUGACUGGGUGUUCAUCCCAGAAAUGCCGCCAGAGGAAAACUGGGAGGAACAUUUGUGCAAAAGAUUGAUUGCGCAAAGGGAGCGUGGUUCUCGUCUCAACGUUAUCAUCAUGGCAGAGGGAGCCCAGGACCGUCACCAGAAACCCAUAACCUGUGACCAAGUCAAAAAUCUGGUAUCCAAGAAACUUGGCUUCGACACCCGUUCCACUAUCCUGGGACACGUACAGAGAGGUGGCACCCCCUCUGCUUUUGACAGAAUCCUGGGUAGCAGGAUGGGUGUGGAGGCUGUGAUGGCUCUGUUGGAGGCCACCCCAGAAACCCCAGCCUGUGUUGUCAGUCUUUCUGGGAACAUGGCCAUCAGGCUGCCUCUCAUGGAGUGUGUCCAAGUGACUAAAGAUGUGACCGUAGCCAUGGCUGAGGGAAAAUUUGAAGAUGCUGUGAAGCUCAGGGGAAAGAGCUUUCAGAAUAACUGGGACACAUACAAAAUGCUGGCUCACGUGACCCCCCCAAAAGUGAAGAGCAACAUCAACAUUGCUAUUAUAAAUGUGGGCGCCCCCUGUGCUGGGAUGAAUGCAGCAGUGCGCGCAGCUGUCAGGGUCGGUAUCAUCCAGGGACACCAGAUGCUGGCUGUACAUGACGGCUUUGACGGCCUGGCUAACGGACAGAUUGAGCCUAUCAUCUGGGCUCAAGUGAGUGGAUGGACUGGGAAGGGAGGGUCCAAUCUCGGUACUAAGAGACAUCUGCCAGGUAAAAACAUUGAGCAAAUCAGCCUGAACAUUGCCAAGUUCAACAUCCAUUCUCUAAUCAUCAUCGGAGGCUUUGAGGCGUAUCUGGGUGGUCUGGAGCUGGUGACAGCCAGGGAGAAGUACGAGGAGCUGUGUAUCCCCAUGGUGAUCAUUCCCGCCACGGUCUCCAACAAUGUUCCCGGAUCGGACUUCAGCAUCGGAGCUGACACCGCCCUCAACACCAUCACCACGACUUGUGACAGGAUCAAGCAGUCUGCUGCUGGCACCAAGAGGAGAGUGUUCAUCAUUGAGACCAUGGGGGGAUACUGUGGCUACCUGGCAACCAUGGCUGGCUUGUCGUCUGGGGCUGAUGCUGCCUACAUCUAUGAAGAGCCUUUCCAUAUCCGUGACCUAGAGCUGAACGUGGAGCAUCUAAUAGAAAAGAUGAAGACCUCAGUGAAGAGAGGCCUCAUUCUCAGGAAUUCUAAUGCCAAUGAGAACUACACCACACAGUUCAUCUACAACCUGUACUCAGAGGAGGGCAAGGGCACUUUCGACUGCAGGAUGAAUGUCCUGGGACACAUGCAGCAGGGUGGAACCCCCACUCCCUUCGACAGGAAUUUCGGUACCAAGAUGGGAUCCAAGUCUGUCCUGUGGCUGACUGACAAGCUGAAGGAGUGCUACAGACACGGUCGUAUCUUUGCCAACAUGCCAGACUCUGCCUGUGUGCUGGGCAUGAAAAAGAGAUCCCUGGUCUUCCAGCCCCUGGCUUCCCUCAAGGACGACACUGACUUUGAGCACCGUAUCCCAAAGACGGAGUGGUGGCUGAGGCUAAGGCCCAUCCUGAAAAUCCUGGCCAAAUAUGACACUGUUGAAAUCGACACCUCUGAGAUGGCUGCCAUGGAGCACGUCAUCAAGAAGACAGGCCAAGUCAAGUGGGGCAAAAUGUAAACAAACAAA